UACGCAGGCAAGCAAGUCAUCUACAUGUAUGACUUCGGCGACAACUGGGAGCACAACCUGUCCGUCGAGGGCCGCGCCGACCCAACCGACCGCUUUGUCUGCCUGUCGGGAACCGGGCACGCGGUCGCCGAGGACGUAGGCAGCGUCGACGGCUGGAGGGAGCUCAAGGACGCGUAUUGCACCUCGCACCCAACCAAGGAACAGCGCGAGAGGCGCCAGUGGUACGAAAGGACGGCCAGCAAUGGGGACCCGGAGGGGCUGGCGGGCGAUCGG